AUGGUGUUUACACUCCGACUACUACACUCCCAAUUUAUCGUCAAGGUGCCUAAACCAACCACUUGUUUCAAAGGCAAGACCAUCAUAAUCACCGAUGGAAAUACAGGUCUAGGCUUCGAAGCAGCGGAGUACUACCUCAAACUCAAAGCAUCCAGAGUCAUUCUUGCUUGUCGCUCCCUCGAGAAAGCAGAUAAAGCCAAGCUCGAGCUGGAACAGACUUUCGCUAUAAGAGAAGACAUCUUAGCAACAUUGCAGGUUGAUUGGUCUUCCUACGUACCUGGCAUUCAGUUUUUCUGA